CUUUUCCAGAAUCAAGAGUCAAUGGUAGAAGAUCGGCUUGGGCGGUUCGCUGUUCCAUGACCACUGACUGAAGAUCAUUUACUUCAACGAUGUCUUUACUUUUAUGAAGAUGGGAUUCACUGGCCUCUUGUUUCUUCUUGACUUGCUUUCUUAGCUACUCGCUUCCUUUGCCUUUGAGUCAUGAAACCUGUGAGCCUUAGUUUUGCAGAGUUUGGAUCAUGCCACUUGCUCCUUGGGAUUGCUCUUGCGCUGUGCUUUAACCGAGUUUCCUGCACCACCAAUGAAACAGACAGACUCGCACUGCUUGCCUUUAAGGCCGGCAUAUCCGAAGAUCCUUUUGGGGUGCUCAGCUCAUGGAACGAUAGCAUUGGGUUUUGCCAGUGGUAUGGCGUUACAUGUGGCAGGAGACAUCAGAGGGUCACGGUCCUGGACUUGGAAUCACAAGGACUGUUGGGAUCAAUCUCUCCUCAUAUCGGAAACCUCAGCUUCUUAGGGGAAAUGUGGCUGCAAAACAACAGUUUCAAUCAAGAAAUCCCUCCACAGCUCGGCCAGUUGCGCCGCCUGCAUAUUCUGCAAUUGACCAGCAACUCGUUAGUUGGCGAAAUUCCCAAAAACAUAUCGAGUUGCUCGGAUCUGGUCCUCCUUUGGCUUGGGAAGAACGAACUAACUGGAGAAAUUCCUAGAGAGCUUGGGUCAUUGCUGAAGCUAUUGCAGUUCGCUUUGCAUGGUAAUAAUCUUACCGGGAGUAUGCCUUCCUUUAUUGGGAACUUAUCUUCACUGGAGGUCCUUUUCUUAACCGAGAACAACUUGAGCGGAAGCAUUCCCCAAGUUUUAGGCCGCCUUAAAAAAUUGCAAUUCAUUGCCUUUGCAACAAACGGAGUGUCGGGUACGAUUCCAUCUUCAUUACUCAAUCUCUCUUCCCUAACUCAGUUUGAUGCUGCAUACAACGAGAUACAGGGGACACUUCCUGCAAGCAUAGGUCUCCAACUCCCAGAUCUUGUAUUUUUUAGCGUUUUCUGGAACCAACUUCAGGGACCAAUUCCUCCGUCGAUAUCAAAUUGCACAAAGCUAAAUACUCUUCAGCUUGGAAAAAAUAGAUUUUCUGGAAAAGUACCUUCUUUGGAAAAUUUGUAUAAUCUUAGUUUGCUACAAAUCGUUGGUAAUCGGCUUGGCGGUGGAGAAACUGAAGACUUGAACUUCCUUUGCUCAUUAACCAACAGCAGCAAAUUAAGGUACGUGGUAAUCGCCACGAACAAGUUUGGCGGGGUGUUGCCUACAUGCGUAGGUAAUUUAUCCAUCACUCUCACGACAUUUGAUGUAAACGAGAAUCAAAUAUCUGGAAAGAUUCCAGAAGAAAUUGGGAAUGUUGUCAACCUGGAAGUGUUGUAUAUGAAUCUCAAUAAGCUUUCAGGUGUUAUCCCCUCAAAGUUGGGAAAUCUACGAAAUCUAUCAAAACUGGACUUAAGUGAUAACAACCUAGGAGGGACUAUUCCAUCUUCUUUAGGAAAUCUAAGCAAGUUGAUUGACCUAUUCCUUGCUGGGAACAACUUUCAUGGGCAAAUUCCUUUACCUCUAUCAAAUUGCCUGUCUCUUAAUUUGCUCGAUCUAUCUAAUAACAAUCUCAAUGGUGCCAUACCCCCGCAACUUAUGGGUCUUUCAUCAUUAACAAUCAUUCUGGACUUAUCUCAAAACCAUUUGACUGGGGUUCUACCCCUAGAAGUUGGCAACUUGAGAACUUUGACUGCUUUGGAUAUCUCGAACAAUUUAUUGGUAGGUGAAAUCCCAAGUAGUUUAGGUGAUUGCACUUCAUUGACAUCACUGAGGAUGGGAGGCAACUUCUUCCAUGGGUUGAUUCCUCCAUCAAUCAUAUCGUUAGGAGGCAUUGAAGAACUAGAUCUUUCGUGCAACAAUUUAUCGGGUCAAAUUCCAGAAUUUUUAACAGUAUUUCGCUCCUUGAAACUUCUAAAUUUAUCCUACAAUAACUUUGAAGGCGUGCUGCCACAUGAAGGAGUCUUUAGGAAUGCUACUGGUACUUCUAUUAUUGGGAACAAUAAGCUUUGUGGUGGGCUACCGGAAUUUCAUCUCCCCAAUUGCAUCUCCAAAAGCUUCAAGAGUAGAAAGAUCAAUUUAGUGAUAUUGUCCACUUCUGUCAUUCUCGGAGUUCUUGGAAUAGCUCUUAUUCUAGCUUCUGUAUAUCUAUGUUGGUUGAAGAAGACGGUGAUGGAACCAGUUUCAAGUUCAAGGGAUGAUUCAUGUCCAAAUGUAUCUUAUGGAACACUUCUAAAAGCAACCGAUGGUUUUUCUUCAACAAAUUUGAUUGGUGCUGGAAGCUUUGGUUCUGUUUAUAGGGGUGUAUUUGAGGUCAGUGGAACUACUGUUGCCGUGAAGGUGCUUCAUCUAGUCUGUCAUGGUGCUUUGAAGAGCUUCAAUGUCGAGUGCGAGGCAUUAAAGAACAUCAGACAUCGAAAUCUUUUGAAGAUAUUGACAGUUUGCUCUAGCAGUGAUUAUCAAGGAAAUGAUUUUAAGGCCUUAAUCUAUGAAUUCAUGGACAAUGGUAGCCUAGAACAGUGGCUUCACCCAAGUGCAACAUCAUCUCAUCACAAUGGAGUUCCAAGAAAGUUGAAUUUCAUUCAAAGGAUAAAUAUUGCCAUUGGUGUUGCUUCUGCACUGGAUUAUCUUCAUUACCAGUGCCACAUCCCCAUCAUUCAUUGUGAUCUAAAGCCAAGCAAUAUCCUCUUAGAUUCUGAGAUGGUCGCACAUGUUGGUGACUUUGGAUUGGCGAAAUUCCUUUUUGGAUCAUCUUUUGACACUACAACUAAUCAGUUGAGUUCUGUGGGUUUUAGAGGGACAAUUGGUUAUGCUCCACCAGAAUAUGCAAUGGGAUGCAAGGUUUCAAGAGAAGGUGACGUCUAUAGUUACGGCAUUCUUUUACUAGAAAUGUUCACAAGAUUAAGUCCCACCGAUGACACCUUUAGAGACAAUUGGACUCUUCAUAGUUUUGUCGCGAAAGCUUUGCCUGAACGAGUGCUCGAAAUCACGGAUAGCGCUCUACUUCAAGAAAGAGAGAGCCUUCUAGGUCCCUGUAAUCCUCAGCAUGACAUAUUUCAAGAGUGUUUGGUUAUGAUCUAUAAUAUUGGAGUUGAUUGUUCGAACGAAGUGCCUGGAAGACGAAUGAGCAUUAGCGGAGUUACAAAUCAGCUGCAUCGGAUUAGGGAGAAACUCUUUGCUUCGGGCUUACAUCGACAGAUCGACUAGGAAUGGGCUGCCAGGAAUUGAACUAAAGUUCCUAAAGCUAUGUUCAGUCAAGCAUGAGCAAUACUACUGCUCUGGUGGGUGAAUAAGGAUGUACAGCUUUUCAGCGUACUAGCAUGACGUGCAGGGCAGGAAUUAUCUGGGAAUGUUAUGUAGAAUGAUGUUGCAUUAGUAUUGGGUUAUUCUUGGUG